AUGUACCCACUCACGCGCUGCCAAGCAAGAACACCCUCAUUCUCACUAGGACGCAUGGGCAUCGACCAUAUGACAAGAGAAAUUGAAGAUACCGAAGAGACUUCUGGCUCAGUCCUCCAAGCUGUCGGCAGUAUUGUCAUUGACAACUCUAUUCCAGACCGCGGCAUCGGUAACAAUACAGACACUGAGGGAGAGGAAGAAGGGGAAGAAGAUGUGAACGUUGAAGAGCUAGGAUCUCUUGCUUCACGGACGGUGGAUAGCAUAGACUUGAUACGUCGAGAUAGUGAGAUGAUCGGGAUGGCUAGUGCGAAACGUAGGAUGAGCGGGAAGCAUAAGGUUAGAGACUGGUUUGUGGAGUAUACACCACGCUGGAGGAAGUAUUUUCGGUAG